GCCCCCUCCCCGGCUGCUACUUAAGAGGCUCCGGAGCCGCGGCCUCCGCCUCACUGCGUUACUUACCUCGACUCUUAGCUGUCGGGAACGGUAACCGGGACCCGGUGUCCGCUCAGUCACCCUCGCCUUCUAACCCGUAGCUACCAUGCGUGAGUGCAUCUCCAUCCACGUCGGCCAGGCUGGUGUCCAGAUCGGCAAUGCCUGCUGGGAACUCUACUGCCUGGAACAUGGCAUCCAGCCUGACGGCCAGAUGCCAAGUGACAAGACCAUUGGGGGAGGAGACGACUCCUUCAACACCUUCUUUAGUGAGACAGGCGCUGGCAAGCACGUGCCCCGGGCAGUGUUCGUAGACCUGGAACCCACGGUUAUUGAUGAAGUUCGCACUGGUACCUACCGCCAGCUCUUCCACCCUGAGCAGCUCAUCACAGGCAAGGAAGAUGCUGCCAAUAACUACGCCCGUGGCCACUACACCAUUGGCAAGGAGAUCAUUGACCUUGUCUUGGACAGAAUUCGCAAGCUGGCCGACCAGUGCACGGGGCUUCAGGGCUUCCUGGUCUUCCACAGCUUUGGCGGGGGAACUGGCUCUGGGUUCACCUCCCUGCUGAUGGAGAGGCUCUCUGUUGAUUACGGAAAGAAGUCCAAGCUGGAGUUCUCCAUCUACCCAGCCCCCCAGGUUUCCACCGCUGUGGUUGAGCCCUACAACUCCAUCCUCACCACCCACACCACCCUGGAGCACUCUGAUUGUGCCUUCAUGGUAGACAACGAGGCCAUCUAUGACAUCUGUCGUAGAAACCUCGACAUUGAGCGCCCCACCUACACUAACCUUAAUCGCCUCAUUAGCCAGAUCGUGUCCUCCAUCACUGCUUCCCUCAGAUUUGAUGGAGCCCUGAAUGUUGACCUGACAGAAUUCCAGACCAACCUGGUGCCCUACCCUCGCAUCCACUUCCCUCUGGCCACAUAUGCCCCUGUCAUCUCUGCUGAGAAAGCCUACCAUGAGCAGCUUUCUGUAGCAGAGAUCACCAAUGCCUGCUUUGAGCCAGCCAACCAGAUGGUGAAAUGUGACCCUCGCCAUGGUAAAUACAUGGCUUGCUGCCUGCUGUACCGUGGUGAUGUGGUUCCCAAAGAUGUCAAUGCUGCCAUUGCCACCAUCAAGACCAAGCGCAGCAUCCAGUUUGUGGACUGGUGCCCCACUGGCUUCAAGGUUGGCAUCAAUUACCAGCCUCCCACUGUGGUACCUGGUGGAGACCUGGCCAAGGUCCAGAGAGCUGUGUGCAUGCUGAGCAACACCACAGCCAUUGCUGAGGCCUGGGCUCGCCUAGAUCACAAGUUUGAUCUGAUGUAUGCCAAGCGUGCCUUUGUGCACUGGUAUGUGGGUGAGGGUAUGGAGGAGGGGGAGUUCUCUGAGGCCCGUGAAGAUAUGGCUGCCCUGGAGAAGGAUUAUGAGGAGGUUGGUGUGGAUUCAGUUGAAGGAGAGGGUGAGGAAGAAGGAGAGGAAUACUAAUCUGUUCUUUCAGCCCCAGAAUCAUGUCACUCCCUGAACUUCAGCUUCAGCAUUAGCUGACAGUCAUUGAUGCUUUCAUGUUAACAUUGUUCUGUGAUCAUGUCUUUUCCAUGUGUCCCUGUAAGGUUUAUUUCCAUGAUGUCUCAAAGUAAAAGCUUUAAGAAAAA